AUGCACUGGUCACCCGAGCAUGCCCAGUCCCUGAACCAGUGGCCGGAGCAGCACCUGGACGUCUCGUCCACCACCUCCUCGCCGGCGCACAAGCCCGACCUGUACGCGGGCGGCCGCCAGCGCUUCAACUACGCAUGGGCCAACGACGACAUCUCGGCGCUGACGGCCUCCAACCUGCUCAAGAGGUACGCCGAGAAGUACGCGGGCGUGCUGGACUCGCCCUACGAGCGCCCCGUGCUCGGCGCCUACGGCGAUGCCGCCGCCUUCGCCACCCUUAACGGCCAGAAGGGCGACGGGGAGCCCUGGGCUGGGCCGCCGGGCCCCGACGGCGCCUACGGGCUGAGCCCCGGCCAUGAGGGGCUGGGCGGCGCCAAGGCGGCGAGCGGCGGCCCCGCGGCGCCGGCCACGCUGCCCGAGCCCGUCUACGCUGGCAGUUCCUGCUCGGCCCAAGACUACGGCUCGGGCUACGGCGGCGCCUACUUGUCCGCCGGCUACUGCGGCCAGGCGGCCUCGCUGCCGCCCGGCCACCCGCCAGGGCUGCUGCCGCCGGCCUCCGCCUUGGUGCCGGGCUACGGUGGCGGCGGCGGUGGCGGCCCGGCCUACGGCUACGGCGCCGGCUACACGGGACAGGCGGCCUACGGCGGCGUCCACCCGGCCGCGUCCUACCUGCCCCCUGCCAUCGCGGCGCCCACGCCGCUGCCCCGGCCCCCCGCCGCCACCUACGGCAGCUACCAGAGCCCUGGCCUGGCCCCGCCGCCGGCGCCGCCGGACGCCUCGCUGAAGCGCAAGGCCUUCGACAUGGUGGACGAGGAGGAGGCCGAGGAGGCCGAGGAGGAGGCGGGUGGCGAGGGGCGCUAUGGCAAGUACGGCUACGAGCCGCCCAAGCCGUCCCCGGCGUCGCCCUACGGGCACAACGGCUUCGCCGAGGCGGCGCCCUUCAAGGCCGGCAAGCGGCCGGCGGCCGAGGAGCCGCCGCGUGGCGGGAAGUUCGCGGCGAGCAAAGCGUUUGGCGGCGAGGCGGCGACGCGGGCGGACCCGCUCGCCCUGGAGCUGUCGGACGGUGGCAAGAUGGUGCUGGAGGGCGGCCCGCCCGUGCAGUGGGCCGACGUGGCGGGGCCGCUCUCGCUGAAGGCGGCCAUCGAGGAGGAGCUGGUGUGGCCCAUGCUGCGCCCCGGCGCGUACGGCGGCGCCGGGCGGCCGCCCCGCACCGUGCUGCUCUUCGGGCCGCGCGGCGGCGGCAAGACGCUGCUGAGCCGCUGCAUCUCCACGCAGCUGGGCGGGCGGCUGCUGCGGCUCAGCGGCGCCGCGCUGCUCUCCACGUGGAAAGCGGAGGCCGAGACGGUGCUGCGGGCCGUCUUCGUGGCGGCCAGCUGCCGGCAGCCCGCCGUGGUGCUCAUCAGCGAGGCGGACGCGCUGCUGGCGGCGCCCGACGGCGGCCGCCUCAAGUCGCAGCUGCUCUCCUACCUGGACGAGGCGGCGGCGAGCGCGGGCGAGCGGCGCGUGCUGGUCAUCGGCAGCACGCGGCGGCCUGGCGCGCUCGACGAGGCGGCGCGGCGCCGCUUCGCCCGCCGCUUCUACCUGCCGCCGCCCGACGGCGCCGCGCGGCGCCACAUCCUGCAGCAGGCGCUGGCGCGGCAGGGCUGCGGGCUGGGCGAGCGGCAGCUGGCCGCGCUCGUGCAGCGCACCGAGGGCUUCUCGGGCGGCGAGCUGCUGCAGCUGUGCCAGCAGGCGGGCGCCGCCGCGCUGCGCGGGCCGCCGCGCGCCGCCUCCUUCGAGGACCUGGAGAGCGCCCUGGGCAAGGUGCGCCCGGCCGCCUCCGCCUCCGAGCUCGACCUGCUGGCCGAGUGGGACAAGCUGUACGGCUCGCGGCACUGA